AAAAGAGAGAAAAAAGAAAGUAUAGUAAUGAAAAAGGUUGAGGUUGGAAUAAAGCCACAUAUGGUGAAUGAGGUGUGAGCAGGUAUUUGUGCCAUGUGUAUGCGUUUGCCUCUCGCUCCUCAUAGUUACAUUCACUCAACACAACACUUCAACCGAACCUCUUCACUCCGUUUAUUUAUUCAUUUAUUCUAGAAGUUUCGUUCUACAAAUUUUGGAACAAUUGAAUCUUCAAAUGACGACAAUCAUCUCGCGCUUGAUCCAUUCUUCGCCAUCCUCUAUUUCAAGACUCAAUGCAUUGGCUGUGUCAAUUAACGGGAGAAAUUUCACCACGGACUCUACAAAGAUUGAUGAGCCCUUCAAAGUUGAAGAAGCAGAGACUGUAAAUGUGCCCCCACCCCCAACAGAGAAGUUGCUUGUGUUGGGAGGCAAUGGAUUUGUUGGAUCGCACAUUUGUAGAGAAGCCUUAAAUCAUGGUUUAUCUGUUGCGAGUAUUAGCAGGUCUGGCAGGUCAUCUCUGCAUGACUCCUGGGCAAGCAAUGUCAUUUGGUAUAAAGGGAAUCUACUUUCAACUAAUUCAUUGAAAGAAGCUCUGAAUGGGGUCACUGCUGUUAUCUCAUGUAUAGGCGGUUUUGGCUCCAACUCAUACAUGUACAAAAUUAAUGGAACGGCUAACAUCAAUGCAAUUAGAGCAGCUUCAGAUCAAGGUGUUAAAAGAUUUGUCUACAUUUCUGCUGCCGACUUUGGUGUAGUAAAUUACUUGCUGCAGGGGUAUUAUGAAGGAAAGAGAGCUGCUGAAACAGAGCUUCUGACCAGAUUUCCUUAUGGAGGAAUAAUUCUGAGGCCAGGGUUUAUUUAUGGGACUCGAAGUGUUGGGAGUAUGAAGAUACCUCUUGGCCUAGUUGGAUCUCCAUUGGAAUCGGUUCUCCAACAUACUAGAGCAUUGAACCAGAUUCCACUUGUUGGGCCUCUAUUGACACCUCCUGUCAAUGUUACUGCUGUGGCUAAAGUUGCUGUUAGAGCUGCUACUGAUCCCGUUUUCCCUCCAGGGAUCAUAGAUGUCUUUGGAAUACAACGUUACAGUCAGAACAAAUCAAAGUAGAAUUAGCUUUAUUUGGUUUCCAGGGUAAUCUGAUAGGAGGUAAUUUAUCUAUGGAAUAUCCAUUUUACUAUAAUUAAAUUGAGAAUAUUUCUCCAUACCAAUUCUAUGAGAGAAUAAUAUCUGAAAGUGCGGGUAUGUAGCCAAAUAUUGUCCUUUCCCAUUUCCACAAUAUGAUAAUGUCAGAAUCUUUUUCUGACGGAUUCUCUCGUCUGAUGUAAUUAACCACUUGUUUGGGGUCGAUAUAUAUGUCAGUUAUAUUAUUGAUUUCUUUGAACUUUUUUA